GUGGAGGUGGCGCGGGGCCGCGCGGGCUACGGCUUCACGCUGUCGGGCCAGGCGCCCUGCGUGCUCAGCUGCGUCAUGCGGGGCGGCCCUGCCGACCUGGUGGGCCUGCGGGCCGGAGACCAGAUCCUGGCGGUCAACGAGAUCGCCGUGAAGAAGGCCUCGCACGAGGACGUGGUCAAGCUGAUCGGGAAGUGCUCGGGCGUCCUGCACAUGGUGGUGGCCGAGGGCGCUGGCCACCUGGAGCCCUGCUCCAGCGACGAGGAGGGCAAGGGCUGGCUGAAGCCCAAGCUGGACUCAAAGGCGCUGGGCAUCAACCGCGCAGAGCGGGUGGUCGCAGAGAUGCAGUCCGGGGGCAUUCUCAGCAUGAUCUUGGAGAGCCCUGCUCUGUGCCCCGGACCCCCAGAGCCCUCGAUGGCCAAGCAGCGGCCUCUGUCGGAGCCAGCGGCUGCGCACGCGGACCCCAGCCCCAGUCCCAGUGCCCUCUCCCACGAGGAGGUGGCCAAGGUCCUCCGGGAGGAGCUGGCCGAGGCGGGGCUGGACGCGAGCAUCCUGAACGUGGCCAUGGUGGUGGGCUACCUCGGCUCCAUCGAGCUGCCGUCCACCAGCUCCAACCUCGAGCAGGACAGCCUGCAGGCCAUCCGGGGCUGCUUGCGGCGCCUGCGCGCGGAGCAGAGGAUCCAUUCGCUGGUCUCCAUGGAGAUCCUGCAGGACGGCGUGCGGCUUUGCAGUGACCGCGCCGGUGUGCUGGCCGAGUACCCCGCCGAGAAGCUGGCCUUCAGCGCCCUGUGCCCCGACGACCGCCGCUUCUUUGGGCUGGUCACCAUGCAGGCCGGCGACGGCGAUGGCGACGACGCGGGCGCCCUGCGCACCUCCUGCCACGUCUUCAUGGUCGACCCCGACCUGUCCAGCCACCGCGUGCACCAGGGCAUCGCGCGCCGCUUCGGGCUGGCGUGCACGGCGGACCCGGACACGGGCGGCUGCCUGGAGUUCCCUGCCUCGUCGCUGCGCUGGUUCCCGGCGCACGUCCUGCAGGGCUGGCAGUGCGGCCACGCCAGCGACCAGGAGUCCUAUACCGACUCCACCGACGGCUGGUCCAGCGUCAACUGCGGCACGCUGCCCCCGCCCAUGAGCAAGAUCCCUGCCGACCGCUACCGCGUGGAGGGCAGCCUCCCGCCCAAGAGCGAGUGGCCGCGGAAGGCCUUGGGCGUGGCCCACAUCUUUGGCCCCCACCGCCAUGGCAGGAAGACGAGGGACGACGCCAAGGGUCUGAAGCCCGGCUGUGGCUCUGGGCUGGCCCACACUUCCCAGCGGACCCCUGCCCGGAGGGCCUGUGCCAGAGCCAAGAGGUUCAGUAUCACGCGAUCCCUGGACGACCUGGAGCCUCUACUGUCCACAACCCCGACCAGCCAGCGGGUCUCCACCCUGCUCACGCGACCGCCGGUCCCUCACACAGAGCAGAUGGCUGAAGUGCUGGCUGCCACCUCCUUGUGUGUCCACCUGAGGCUCACAGUGGAUAGCCAGUUGACUGGCGGGGAAGUGGCCUCGGGCCUUUUUGGCCGUCACCUUUUUGGUUCAUAG